AUGGACAGGACCGCCGUAGCGAAAAUGGGAGCGGUGGCCAGCGCCAGCGUGUGCGCCCUGGUCGGCGGGGUGGUUCUGGCCCAGUACAUCUUCACCAUGAAGAAGAAGACGGGCAGGAAGACCAAAAUCAUCGAGAUGAUGCCAGAAUUUCAGAAGAAGACUGUCCAUAUUAAGGACCCAGGGAGAGUAGAGGAGAUUAUUUGUGGCCUCAUCAAAGGUGGAGCUGCCAAACUUCAGAUUAUUACAGAUUUUGAUAUGACAUUAAGUAGAUUUUCCUACAAUGGAAAAAGAUGUCCAACUUGUCAUAACAUCAUUGAUAACUCUAAGCUUAUCACAGAGGAAUGUCGGAAAAAGUUAUUGCAGCUGAAAGAAACAUAUUAUGCUAUUGAAAUUGAUCCAGCUCUCACUAUUGAAGAAAAAUAUCCUUAUAUGGUAGAAUGGUACAAUAAAUCUCAUGCCCUACUCAUUGAACAAGGCUUACAGAAGGACAAGUUUGCAGAAAUUGUGAGGGAAUCUGAUGUUAUGCUGAAAGAAGGAUAUGAGAACUUCUUUGAUAAGCUCAGUGAACACAAUAUUCCUGUGUUCAUAUUUUCUGCUGGGAUUGGGGACAUUCUUGAGGAAGUUAUCCACCAGGCUGGUGUCUACCAUUCUAAUGUCAAAGUGGUUUCCAAUUUCAUGGAUUUUGAUGAAAAUGGAAUAUUAAAAGGAUUUAAAGGAGAAUUGAUUCAUGUUUACAACAAACAUGAUGGUGCCUUGAAGAACACAGAGUACUUCAAACAACUAAAAGACAACAGUAAUAUCAUACUGCUGGGUGAUUCCCAAGGAGACUUGAGUAUGGCAGAUGGAGUAGCCAAUGUUGAACACAUUCUCAAGAUUGGCUAUCUCAAUGAUAAAGUAGAUGAGCUUUUGGAAAAAUAUAUGGACUCUUACGAUAUUGUCUUGGUGAAAGAUGAAUCCCUGGAAGUUGCCAACUCCAUCCUACAGAAAAUCCUGUAAAUUGCAGUCUCAAGUCACUCCAUUCCUUCCAGGAGGCAACUGGACAGAAAAGCACACACGUGCUAUCUUAGAUCUGUUUAUUACUCAUUUACAGAACUGUGUAAUUUAAUUUAAGACUUUUAUCUUCAUUUUGGUAUUUUGAAAAUAUAUAUGGUAUUCAUUGUCAACUAGAAGCUCCUUUUACUGCUCUUAUGCUGUUCUUUAUUGUCUCACACUCCUGUUAUAACUAGAUUUAAAUUGGAUUUAUAGAUGUGAUGAACUGCUACUGAUGGGAUAUUUUGGUUCACUGUGUUUUAAUCAGGCAUUUCAGAGGAGCAUUUUAGAAAAUGUGGCUAUUUUGUAAAAUUGAAGAUGUAAACGUUCUGUGAAUAAGCAGUGUGUAUGUUUGCGUUGCCUUUUCUUCUUUCAAAGAAGAUACUUCAGUCUCAGCUGUACUUUGAAGGAUCUUACUCAUAUGCUACGGACUUUCACAGAAGUUUUUCAUACAUAUAUUUUUCUUCAGUAAAAAUGCUUU